AUGUUAAACGGCAACAGUAUCAAUCAUUUUUGUAAUAAAAAAGUGAAUAAUAAUAAUUCAACAAAUAAAAAUAAUAAUAUUAAAAUGGGUAGGAAAAAAAUUCAAAUACAACGAAUUGUCGAUGAACGUACUCGUCAAGUUACAUUUACAAAACGAAAAUUUGGUUUAAUGAAGAAGGCCUAUGAAUUAUCGGUACUUUGCGGAUGUGAAAUUGCUUUGAUUGUAUUCAAUAGUAAUAAUCGAUUGUUUCAAUAUGCGAGCUCUGAUAUGGACAAAGUCUUAUUACGAUAUGCUGAAUAUAAUGAACCACACGAAUCAUGCACGAAUACAGAAAUUAUUGAAAUAUUGCACAAAAAACAUCAAAAUUCUAAAAAUAUUGAAAGCGAAGAUGAACUCGGAAGUGAAUCGGAUUAUACGAUGACACCAAUAAUUUCUGAUCAUUUACAGAAAAUAGAAAAUAAUGUAGAUAUGACACAAGAUUUAGAGCAAGCAUUUACGGACACAGUGAACAGUUUAUUAGUUAAUAGCAAUUUAACUUUUGCUCAACCAGUAAAUAAUGAGCAAAAUUUUUUAAAUACCAUGGGAACAUCGUCAUCCCAAUUUCAAUUUCUAUCAUCGUUUCAACAAGAAUUAGGUAAUUGUAAUGCAUCAGGAAAUAACAAUAACGUACAUUUAAAUAAAAUCGACUCAAAUAAUACAUUUCAAACACCAAAAGUAGUUGGCUUAAGUAUGUAUAAUAAAUCUCCAGUACAAUCACCAUCAAUAGUUAAUCGACAACCAAUUGCUGUGAAUAAUAUCAUGAAUCAAACUCAAUCUAAUACAGGAACAUUAAUGACUGUUUCACCGGAUAUGACUGUGUCCGCUAUAGAUAUAUCUACUCUAGCAUCUCAAUUAACAUCAAAUUUUUUAGCAUAUAUAACCAAUUUAAAUCAGCAAUCGAAUACUGCUCAAUUACCAAUAGGCCUUAUCAAUCGAGAACCAACAACAACAACAACAACAACUCCAAUAAUGAUUACAAAUACUCCAAAUAUUGCACAGCAAAUGAAUGGUGGCAUCACUCAACAAUUAAAUGUCACAAAUUCUUCCAAUCCUACUACAGUCACUGUUCCAAGAACAAUCAACAUCAAACAAGAACCAAAAACACCAAUUUUAUAUACAACGUCAAAUAGUCCAACAUAUACGACAACUAUAACAAAUGGAAUACGUAGUGCUAACACUGAUUAUAAUAAUUAUCAACCAAAUCUCAAACAUCCUCGUUUAUCAUUAUGGCCAUCUGGAGCACUUACAUAA